CUUCCUCUGCUCUACUGUGUCCAUCGGCUGUUCGCCUCCCAGACGGAGGGGGAGCUCCAAGUGACUCAGGUUCUCAGAGAGAAGUUUCCUCGUGCUACGGCUAUCAAGGUCACUGACAUUUCAGGAGGCUGCGGGGCGAUGUAUGAAAUUAAAAUCGAAUCAGAAGAAUUUAAGGAGAAGAGAACUGUCCAGCAGCACCAGAUGGUUAAUCAGGCACUGAAAGAAGAGAUCAAAGGAAUGCAUGGACUACGGAUAUUUACCUCCGUCCCCAAACACUGACCCUGCCGGCUGUGUAGACGCUGCUGCCUAAGACCCCGGAUGACUUCCCUUACAGCAUUCUUUGCCAAAAAAUUUGUCUAUUUUUGUUCAUAGAGAUUUCUAUAUUGUAAUUAUUGAAGAUAUGUUAUUUACACAGACGUUCAUUAAAGCCCAUUGACAACUGAC